AUGGCUCCCGACAUCGACACCCUCAUCCAAGAUGUUGUCCACGCAGCCAAGCUGCCCCCCAAGGCCCGCUCUACAAACAUCAAACCUACCGUCGCCAAUCUCACAACAGCCGCCUAUGAUUACGGCCUCCUCCCAGAUGCACUCUCUGACCUCAUCGACCUCGUUACCUCGUCCAACUUUCUCGAUCAGGCAAGUCUGAGUGCCAUUGUCAAGAAUCUCUACCCCGCCACCCGCGUCUCGCGUGACCUCGUCGUCCGCGUUGUUGCUUGCCUGGGCCAUGGCCGCCUCAAGGCUUCUCUAAAUAUUCAGGCUGCCCUCAUCAGGUGGCUGAUCCUCGUUUACCACUCUCUUGAGUCGCCCGGUGUUCUAUCACAAGCGUACCCCGUCCUCUUUUCCCUGCUGGACACGGCUGCUACACGCUUGAAUCUCUCGAGACAGACGGGCAACGACCCCUGCCUCGUUGGCUUAUUACGCGUCUUCAAAGACUACUACCCCGAGAUUAUCGUAGGAGAGGCAGUUCGUGGGAAGGCAUCUGCCUUCAAACACCCCGACCCUGCGUGGCGCUCACGCCUGGACGAGAUCCAGGAUGCGUACAUACAGCAGACACAGGACAUCGUGUCCCGGCCGCGAGAUGGCUUCCGUGUAAACAGACCGCUAAACCGCUCGAAAAGGAACAAAGUGACUUCGGUCACUCUGGAAGAAGUCGAGAAUGCUACCAGCCUAGCAAAGAGCCUGGAGAAAUUGGAACCACCAAAUCAACUUGUUGCAGUCCUGGCGGAUCCUGUUCUGCAGAAGCUUUUACUGCUGCGACCAAGCGACGAAGCCUACCGGAGAAUUGCUAACUGGCUGUAUGCAGUCCUCCACGAUGUCAUUGACGGAAGUGCAGAUGAGGAUACGCUGUGGGAGCUUCUCGAUGUAGUCGGGGAUUUUGUUGUACGGACCAAGGUGCUGCCACCCGUGCUACUCAACUUCUUUGCACGCUUCUUUGAGCUAUGGGAUGGGAGUGGACGCGCUGGUGUUAUCUUUGAUAUCCUAGCAUACACUCCCCUCCAGAAUUUUGGCGAGCUGUACCAGCACUUGUUCCAACCUUUCGAGACUGCCAUGUCAGCCUACAGCACAAAGUUCAACCGCGACUUCAUUAUACUCUAUACAAAUCUCCUCCACUACUGGACUGGGCUUCUGCAAGCAGGCGAAACGGUCCCUCAUGACGCCAGUAGCAUAGUAGGCGCCCUGGUACGCCAUGUCAAUAAUGUCGCCCUCACUCUCUGCCAGGCUCACCCAUCGGUAGAAUCUUCAUCUGCUGUGCUCGCAUUUUACGAGCAGUUUGUUCGCCUUGUCACAGACGAAAGAUUGAUGAACUUCAUCAGGAUAGAGCUACCGCCAGCAUCUCUCAUCUACACCCUCUUUUUUAGCAACAGCCUGGCCACAGUCUCACGCCUGUGCUAUGUCCUUGCCCGCUACAAGAGGGGAUUCGAGGCAGCCAUGGCCACCCGGGCCCAAUCGAACAAAAAGCCACAGAUAGACACCCAGACAUAUGACCGAGUAUACGUCAACCUCUACAAUGGCUUCCUGAUGGAUAUCUGCAACUGUCUGUGGCGGUCUCGCGCAUUCAGUGUGGCCGAGUCAAACGCACACGGGUGCCUGAUACCUCGACCAACGGUGGAUGCGCUGACUGCGUAUGUGACUUCUGUUGAACGGACCUUUGCGCUAGCAUCCCUCUUUGGCCUGUCGUACUCGCCUGUCAUUUGCCACCAGAGCAUCAAACGGGUGCGCGAGGCUGAAGACGAAGCGUUGGCUAACAGAGUGUCCCUGAGGACACGGCAUGCCGGCCCUGUAACGCAAGCUAGUCUGACCAGGCUAGCGAGCUCAGGCGGCAUUACGCUCUCGUGGUCCGAUUACCGCAUAGGCGUGCUGAACGGUCUUUCCGAGGAGGGGCUCCCAGGUAUCGCUGAGCUUCUCAAAUGUACAAUGACGGUGUUGAAGAAUACCAUGGAAGGAAGAAGAGGGUCAUCUCAAGUCUCACAAUGA